UACAUAUUCACAAGUGCACAACAUGCAGAAGGUACAGAAGGAGCACACAAGAUCCAAAAAUGGCAGAUUUGCCAGAAGAAAGAAUGGAAAUGACACCUCCUUUCACAUAUUGUGGUAUAGACUGCUUUGGACCGUUCUAUGUGAAGGAAGCAAGGAAAGAACUGAAGAAGUAUGGUCUUAUUUUCACCUGUAUGUGCUCUAGAGCCAUACAUAUUGAAAUGCUUGAUGACCUCACUACAGAUGCUUUUAUCAAUGCAUUGCGUGGAUUCAUCGCCAUACGCGGCCAUGUGAGACAGUUGAGAUGUGAUCAAGGCACUAACUUCGUAGGUGCAAGAGGAGAGUUCAUGAAGGCAAUGAAGGAUUUGGAUCAUGAACAGUUAAAGAAAUAUGGAUGUGAGUUCAUAAUGAACUUCCCUUCAGCAAGCCAUAUGGGAGGCGUAUGGGAGAGGCAAAUAAGGACGAUCAGAAGUGUCUUGACCGUAAUCCUUGACCAGUCUGCUAAACGACUCGACAGUGCCUCACUCAGAACCUUUCUGUAUGAAGUAAUGGCUAUUAUAAAUAGCAGACCUCUGACAAUCGAGCAUUUGAAUGACCCAACAAGCCUUGAACCUCUCACGCCCAAUCACAUUCUCAUGAUGAAGUCAAACAUAAUAUUCCCACCUCCUGGUGAGUUUGUGAGUCCAGAUCUAUACUUGCGCAAGAGAUGGCGCCAGGUGCAGUUCUUGGCGAACGAAUUUUGGACAAGGUGGAAGAAGGAAUAUCUCCUUAAUCUUCAGCAAAGGCAAAUGUGGCAGAAAGAAAAAAGAAAUACAAAGGUUAAUGACAUUGUCAUCCUGCAGGAGGACAGUUCUCCACGUAACCAAUGGAGAUUGGCAAGGGUGACAGAGGUGUAUCCGAGCACUGAUGGAAUAGUUCGAAAGGUGAAAUUGUUGAUCAGUGACUCGACCUUAGACAGCCAGGGAAGACGCAUUACCAAGUCAGUCUACCUUGAUAGGCCUGUACAAAAGACAGUAGUAUUGCUUGAAGCAGAGUAAAGGUUAUGGUUGCCAUUUCAUAAAUACAGUAUUUUAUGUUACUGUAAGUUUUAAGGGAAUACUGUAUGGUUGAAAUUAAAGUGUGAAAGGGUUUAAAUUGUGAGGUGAAAUGACAAAAUAGUCAUUUGGUGGGAGUAUAAAUGUCAUACAUAUUAUUUCUGUUAUUUAACAUGUUUGUUUAAUUUGUUAAGUCUUUUCAUUAAUAAUGAGUGAUGACGUUAACGAGGAACUAACGAGUUUGCGUUGCACACGGACAUUUUUUCAGGUGCAACAGAAAAAGGUUCUGGUGAGAAGUUAUUUCUCCGUUCGUGUAUUAAAAGAGUUACGUGUACUAUAAGACUUACUCGUAUUUGAGCAAAUAACUAAAGAUGUUUUUUCCUUUUGUGUUUUAAGCAAAGGAUUAAAGAAGAUGUGUCUCAUUUUUGUGUUUUGAACGGGUAUUUCAAGGGAACUCAUUCCCUCUUGGUUAUGUGCAGCCAGCGAGUUUGACGGUGGUUUUCAUUGCCGGUUAAUGUGAUGACGGAGAAAUGGAUGACAAGGCAAUAAAUCCAUCAGUAAUCAGAACAACGGUGUCGUUUAUUUCCUGGAGGGAGUGAAAACAAUAAUCGAG